CGCAGCGCGGCUGCAGCGCAAGGGGCGGAGAGGCACAGCGCGGCGAGAGGACCAAAAGCCCAGGUCGCCCGCAUCCAGUGCCGCAGGACACCAAAAGCGCACCUUCGCCUGGGCAUCCCAGCUGCUCCCUUGGCCUCAGCGACAGAUCACCUGUCCUCCGCCUCAACCCCAACCCAGCGCUCCCUUCCUCCGGAGCAUACGCUACCGUUGCAGCGGGAGACGCGCCCCAGCCCCUCGUCGUCGACCACCAUGGCGGAGACCAAUAACGAAUGCAGCAUCAAGGUGCUUUGCCGAUUUCGGCCCCUGAACCAGGCCGAGAUUCUGCGGGGGGACAAGUUCAUCCCCAUUUUCCAAGGGGACGACAGCGUCAUUAUUGGGGGAAAGCCAUAUGUCUUCGACCGUGUAUUCCCCCCAAACACGACUCAGGAGCAGGUUUACCACGCCUGUGCCAUGCAGAUCGUCAAAGACGUCCUUGCUGGCUACAACGGCACAAUUUUUGCUUAUGGACAGACAUCCUCAGGGAAAACGCACACCAUGGAGGGAAAGCUGCACGACCCUCAGCUCAUGGGCAUCAUUCCCCGGAUCGCCCGAGACAUCUUCAACCACAUCUACUCCAUGGAUGAGAACCUUGAGUUCCACAUUAAGGUGUCUUACUUCGAGAUUUACCUGGAUAAGAUCCGCGACCUUUUGGAUGUGACCAAGACAAACCUGUCUGUGCAUGAGGACAAAAACCGGGUGCCGUUUGUCAAGGGUUGUACCGAACGCUUUGUGUCCAGCCCAGAGGAGAUUCUGGAUGUGAUCGAUGAGGGGAAGUCGAAUCGUCACGUUGCUGUCACCAACAUGAAUGAGCACAGCUCUCGGAGUCACAGCAUCUUCCUCAUCAACAUCAAGCAGGAGAACAUAGAGACGGAGCAGAAGCUCAGCGGGAAACUGUACCUCGUGGAUCUGGCCGGAAGCGAGAAGGUCAGCAAGACAGGAGCAGAGGGAGCCGUUCUGGAUGAGGCAAAGAAUAUCAACAAGUCGCUGUCGGCCCUGGGGAAUGUGAUCUCUGCUCUGGCCGAGGGCACUAAAAGCUACGUGCCGUACCGUGACAGCAAAAUGACGAGGAUUCUCCAGGACUCUCUGGGAGGGAACUGCAGGACCACUAUGUUCAUCUGCUGCUCACCAUCCAGCUACAAUGACGCAGAGACCAAGUCCACACUCAUGUUUGGGCAGCGGGCAAAGACCAUCAAGAACACUGCCUCAGUGAAUCUGGAGUUGACUGCUGAGCAAUGGAAGAAGAAAUAUGAGAAGGAGAAGGAGAAGACCAAGGCCCAGAAGGAGACAAUUGCGAAGCUGGAGGCUGAGCUUAGCCGGUGGCGCAAUGGAGAGAAUGUGCCUGAGACUGAGCGCCUGGCUGGAGAGGAUUCAGCUCUGGCAGCCGAGAUCUGUGAGGAGACCCCUGUGAAUGACAACUCAUCCAUCGUGGUACGCAUCGCACCCGAGGAAAGGCAGAAAUACGAGGAAGAGAUCCGCCGUCUCUACAAGCAGCUCGACGACAAGGAUGAUGAGAUCAACCAACAGAGCCAACUCAUUGAGAAGCUGAAGCAGCAGAUGCUGGACCAGGAAGAGCUGCUAGUGUCCACUCGGGGAGACAAUGAGAAGGUCCAGCGGGAGCUGAGCCACCUGCAGUCCGAGAAUGAUGCCGCGAAGGAGGAGGUGAAGGAAGUGUUGCAGGCCCUGGAGGAGCUGGCAGUCAACUAUGACCAGAAGUCCCAGGAGGUGGAGGAGAAGAGCCAGCAGAACCAGCUGCUGGUGGAUGAGCUGUCCCAGAAAGUGGCCACCAUGCUGUCCCUGGAGUCUGAGCUACAGCGGCUCCAGGAAGUCAGUGGACACCAGCGAAAACGGAUUGCUGAGGUGCUGAAUGGGCUGAUGAAGGACCUGAGUGAGUUCAGUGUCAUCGUGGGCAACGGCGAGAUUAAGCUGCCUGUGGAGAUCAGUGGGGCCAUCGAAGAGGAGUUCACGGUGGCCCGACUCUACAUCAGCAAGAUCAAGUCAGAGGUGAAGUCCGUGGUUAAGCGAUGCCGGCAGCUGGAGAACCUCCAAGUGGAGUGUCAUCGCAAGAUGGAGGUGACCGGUAGGGAGCUGUCGUCUUGCCAGCUGCUCAUCUCACAGCACGAGGCCAAGAUCCGUUCGCUCACGGAAUACAUGCAGACUGUGGAGUUGAAGAAGCGGCACCUGGAAGAGUCCUACGACUCCCUGAGCGAUGAGCUAGCCAAGCUCCAGGCGCAGGAAACUGUACACGAGGUAGCUCUGAAAGACAAGGAGCCAGAUACGCAGGAUGCGGAGGAGGUGAAGAAGGCCCUGGAACUACAGAUGGAGAAUCAUCGAGAGGCCCAUCACCGGCAGCUGGCCCGCCUCCGGGACGAGAUCAAUGAGAAACAGAAGACCAUUGAUGAGCUUAAAGACCUGAACCAGAAGCUCCAGUUAGAGCUGGAGAAGCUUCAGGCUGAUUACGAGAGACUGAAGAACGAAGAGAACGAGAAGAGUGCCAAGCUCCAGGAGCUGACAUUUCUGUAUGAGCGGCAUGAGCAGUCCAAGCAGGACCUCAAGGGGCUGGAGGAGACAGUUGCCCGUGAACUCCAGACCCUCCACAACCUGCGCAAGCUGUUCGUUCAAGACGUCACGACUCGAGUCAAGAAAAGUGCAGAAAUGGAGCCCGAGGACAGUGGGGGGAUUCAUUCCCAAAAGCAGAAGAUCUCCUUUCUUGAGAACAACCUGGAACAGCUUACAAAGGUUCACAAACAGCUGGUACGUGACAAUGCAGAUCUGCGUUGUGAGCUUCCUAAAUUGGAAAAACGACUUCGGGCUACGGCUGAGAGAGUUAAGGCCCUGGAGGGUGCACUGAAGGAGGCCAAGGAGGGCGCUAUGAAGGACAAGCGCCGGUACCAGCAGGAGGUGGACCGCAUCAAGGAAGCUGUGCGGUACAAGAGCUCUGGCAAGCGGGGCCAUUCUGCCCAGAUUGCUAAGCCUGUGAGGCCCGGCCACUAUCCUGCCUCCUCACCCACCAACCCCUACGGUACCCGGAGUCCCGAGUGUAUCAGCUACACCAACAACCUCUUCCAGAACUACCAGAACCUGCACCUGCAGGCUGCGCCUAGCUCCACCUCAGACGUGUACUUUGCCAGCAACGGAGCCACAUCUGUUGCCCCCUUGGCUUCCUACCAGAAGGCCAGCACGGACAAUGGAAACGCCACAGAUAUCAACGACAACAGGAGUGACCUGCCCUGCGGCUAUGAGGCUGAGGACCCGGCCAAGCUUUUCCCUCUCCACCAAGAGACGGCAGCCAGCUAACUCCCAAUCCCGGCUGCAUAUCUGCACUUUCAGUUUCUAAGAGGGACUGAGGCCUCUUCUCUCAGCAUGCUGCAAAACCUGUGGUCUCUGACACUAACUCCCUCCCCAGCCCGUGUCGUUGGACUGUUUGAUGUCUCCUUCUACUCUGUAUCUCUUUGUACCCUGUAUCUAUUUAUCAGAAGCUGCUGCUACGUCUCUCCUCUCUGUCCUACCCUCUAAGUAUCUGAUGAUGUAUUUAGCAGUUUUAAGCAUAGUCUCCCUUCCUCGCUGAGCAUUAGGGAGGAGGGAAACGUUUCUCCUUUCUUCCUUAUACUUGUUUCUUACACCAAGUGAUGUCAGUCACUGAGUAGAGGUCACAAAAGAUAAAGGAAAAAACGGGAGCUGGGAGGCUGCCAUCCUCGCAAACACACAUGUACAUGCUCACCCACGCGCACGCACACCCACCCACACGGUGUACAUACAAAGCCUUAAGCAGAAGAAUGUCUUAGCAUCUACGAAAGGAGAGAAACAGACCCCCCCUUUACACAGAGCACAGAGGAGAACCCAGUGGAAGGUUUGUGACAAUGCCCUCCCCUCCACACAUACACUCCUCACCUGAGUCAGCAGACUGCAGGUGCUGUCCUCUGGCCUGUGAAGUCGGCCUUUUGCUCCCUCCUUCCCCAGUUUGAGAGCAUGGAUUGUCCGCGGGACUAUUUAUUUCCCUUUCUGGCCCAAGCCUCUUUUGAUACUUUCCACCCCAGAUAUCACAACCAGAACUUAGAGUUGGUUUAAAACAUUCUUCUGAAAAGUCGAGAGGGCAGACUGCUGAGAAACAGCUGCUCAUCCGUCCACGCCAAUAGUUAGAAGCAGGGGAGCCAGGAUAGUUGGCUCCCUGGGGCAGGGGAGUGAGCAGGCUGGGGGACUACCGUGUGCUAUCCUGUCACAGAACCCUUAGGUGGAGGCCAGAAGCUCUGUCUUUCUCCCAUAUUGGGCUGCAUGUGCUUCCCACCUCUGACUUUGGUUUGGGGCUUCCAGUUUAUUGGCAGAAUAGCUGUCUCUAGAUGCCUUCCCUUCAAAAUGGAGUUUGGCUUGUUCCUCCCCAAAUAGAGUUCCCUCUAUAAUCUCCAUCUGGUCUCAAGUGCACUUUAAAGACGGGUGGGGAGCAGGAUGGAGCAUGGCAGCAGGCAGCUCCCCUGACACAGGAUAAAGCUCCGCUUUUAUUCCCACCACUGCAAAAGCAAGAGCGGGGUGUGGUGGUUCACACUUUCCAAUGUUGUUCUCAGGAAGCUAAGGUAGGAAAACUGCUAAAUUUGAGGCUAGCCUGGACUGCUACACAGUGAGAUCCAGGAGAGCUUGUGCUAUGAUGGGAGAAACCCCUAUCUCAAAAUGAAAGAAAGGAAAGACAGACAGACAGGAAGGAGGGAGGAAGAGAGAGAGUGCAAGAGAGUGCGUAGGGACUAAGAGCUUGAACCUAAUGCUCUCCCCACAGCCAGCUCAGCCCAGGCCCCCUCCUGCCCAGCAGUGAAGAGGAUGCUUCAGUUCAGAUAGUCUUUCCUGCCCAUGUGCUAAGGUAGUUUUCCAGAUAACUGCAGGGAUAAAGCUCAGUACUCAGCCUAAGCCAAGAAAUACAGUAGCCAGAUACUCGGUCUUACCCAGGAUAGGGGACCAGGACUCUCCAACAGAGGGCAGCCUGCCGCCCAGACCCUUCUAGGCCUCGGAAGAAAACUCCCUGUGGAUGACAGCUGGCAAAUAGUGGGUUGUGACUCCUUCAAGGGAAAGUUUCUGCUCUUUUUCCCUAUCAGGGAGUGACAGGGAUGAAGACAGCGUCAGACCAGCAUGGGAGAACCCCCAGGCGGCAGUUUUCAAACACUUUAAAAAUAAAUCCUAUGUAGGAUGAUGUAAGCAGGAUGAGCCUAGGGCUUUGACCGUGACUCAGUGGUACCUCGCGAAGACACUUAGUGUGACAAGUCUGGGGCUUCAGUCUAUCUCUGGAACUGCAAAAAACCACAACCAAAACGGUGAAGUAAUUCAGAGCUGGGAACUUUAUUAUUUCUUUGUGUCCAUGCCCUAACCAGUGGAAAAUGCUUGCUUAGUUAGAGGGCCCUGGGAUAGCCCUAAGAGGUUGGAACUCACUUAUUUGCAAGAGGGGUCCAAUCUGCUUCCCCCACCCUCCACCCUGGAACCACAACUCAAAAGAAAGGUCAGGAGGUGCAGACAAAUCACACUGCCUCAGAAGGAAGAGAGCGUCCUCUGUGGCUCACGCCAGUAGGACACCUGAGAAUCUGAGGGCGAUCUUGCCACCCAACAAUUCUUUCAAAAUACAAGGAGGGAGAUGUGGAGGUGUACAGCGGGGCAGACAAGGAAGGAGGUGACAGUGGUCAGCCUUCUCUCAGCAAGAUGUAAGGGAAACGGCCAUUUGCCAACCUAAAGAAACAGCCCUUCAUCAGAAGGUUCUCAGCAUACACACUCCUUGUGUUCACUACAUCCCCUUCAGAGAGCCAGGCCACCACAGGGGCCCCUGGCCUGACCACUUACAUCUGCCAAGAUGAAAUAUUGCAUGCCGGCGUGGGAGACAAACCAAACCACACAAAUCCCAGUGUGUAUUUACUUGGUGGACACAGAUACCUUUAAAAUAAAAUGAAUUCGAUGA